CACCAGGCGUCACGCGAACUCGGGCAGGAGGGGAGGCUGCCGCGACGUCUUGGCAACGAACCACACACGUGCCAUGCCGCGCACUGCACUAUGGAGUCGUACAGGCGUGUGUAUUCCGCUGGCAUUGCUGGUGAUGGGUGUUCACUGUUUCGGCCCUUUGGACCUGCAGGGGCUCGAGAAGGAGGAGGCGGCGGCCACUCCGUCACGGCGAGCCCUUCGAUUGGCCACUCCCCCGUCCCAAGCACCCCCGCCCGCCUCCAUGGACCAAGGCCUAGAAGGAGGGAGGGCGGGA